AUGGAUUUGAUGGAGAUCUGUGAGGUGUUUGGAGGGUCCAUCCUGCCGGACGAGUAUCGUGGCAGCUACGAGGAUGCCGACCGUCACAUUUCGGCUCUCGAGCAGGAUGUGGUCUCAAAGUCGUCUUCGCUAAACGAGAGAGCGAGGACGAUCUUACUCCGAGCGAUUUUCCACACGCUUUCAGGAGACUUCACCAAGGCCCGUGAACACAUCCAAAGCCUCACAGCCUCGCAGCAUCACGAGCUCGACCGAAUGUGGAUCCUGCGUGGCCAGAUGUACGAAUUCUACGCUGCCAUGCUGCAACAUCGCCCUACGACCAUUCGAUUUGCAAUGAUCCCCGGCGAUCCGUACGAACAGCUGAGGGAAGACACUUCUAAUUUGAAGGCCCUGCACACACGAGCUAAAGCAGCCGGACAAGCAAUAUGUGCUGCACAGUCUGCCAGCUUGCUCGAGAGGCUGGAGCAGGCACUGAUUCUGGACGUGUGGUCCUUUUUGGAUACUUUACACUUUGCCUACCUCGCACACCCUAAUUUCACACCACUUGUUACCACUCAAUCCCUGCCAGAGGCCCAGGAAGAGCAGCUCGAUCUUACAGAACUGCAAGCUCCAUACUGGUCCAAGACCCUGGUAGAUUGCAUCAGUCAGUUGGGGAAUCCAAUAUUCCACAACAUGCUUUACAGAAUGUCCACCGACAUCGAUUGGGCGAAAGGAGCUUCAACUGACCACCCAGGCUUUACCCAGCUGCAGGCCGAGUAUGAAAGUGUCAGCGACUAUGCGGGGAUGGGGCUGUGCAAGAUAAAUGAAGGAGAUCGCAUACUGUCACCCUCAUAUACGAGUCCAAUAGCAUUCAAUUUAAUCUGCGAAGUCCGCGACAAUGGCUGGGCAAAUGUGGCCUGGGACCCUUUGGAGUCCAACAUACCGCUCAGGGAUAACGGCAGAGCUCAAAGGUGCUAUAGCGAAGCCCUGUUCUAUAUGGAGGCUGCAUGCGCCCCAAGGGGCCAAGCUGCUGUUUACCUGCGCAGGGGCUGCGUGCACCACGCAGAAGGGAUUCGAUCCCAGGGUGGAGCUGACUGUGCGCAUUUUGUAGAGGCAGAGAAAGAUUUAUCAAGAGCGCUGAGGCUUUUUGCCAAGGACAACAUGAACCAGCAGCUAAUUACCUGCCAUCUCGCUCUACUUAACUGUAGUCGCGGGCAAUAUGCUGUCGCAGUUGAUACAGCAAGGCGCCUGGGGACCGAGCUGCGCAAAACAGAAAGUAUCAAAAUGUCGCAUUUUCUGGGAACAUUGAUGCUUCGGUUUGCCCACUUCCACUUCUCACUCUAUCGGAACACUGACGUGGCUGUUGGCUGUUGUCAAUGUGCCACUGUCUAUCACCAGGCAUUGGAUAGUCGGCUCGGCUCGCUGUUUUCAGCGGAGGCUUUGAUCACAUUAUUCAGACAAACACACAACUGGACACUCGCGGAAGCAAAAGUCAGAGAGACAAUCCAUCCUUCCGGAGCUCUUCAGAGUGCAAUCGCACAUGUAGAUGCCCUUUUGUCUCGCGGUGUCGGUUUUGAGCACUUUAAUACAUUACGGACCUCGAUCAUGGUCGGGUUUGAUGGGCUGGUCAGAUCCGUCUGCUCAAUGACCGGAAACGAGAAUCUACGUUUGGAAUGGGAUGCAACCCGCCAUCGCCUUAAACCGAGAAAGCGUCCCAAUAUCUUCGAAUCCAUGCCUCUGGAUGCUGAUGCACGGCGCCAUCUCAAUAACCCACUAUUUGGGUGUGGUGAAUCUGAUCUGGCUCACAUGAUGGAAACAUAUGAGGCGCGAAAUGAGUUUAUGGCCCGUUAUUCCCAGUCUCUCGACCAUUCUUUCAAGGCAAUCGAGAGAGGAGACAUGGACGCAGCUGACGCCCAGCUUUUGACCUUUGUCUCCAGCUGUGAGCCACAGGGUGGAUUGAGGGCAAGGGAAGUGCUCGACCGCAAGAUUCCCACUCUAGCACAGCUUGGCCGGGUGGACGAAAUGAGACAGCUUCUCCCGCAGUUUCUGUCUGAAUGGUUUACCACAGAUACGCCAGAGGACAUUGGUAGCUACUGCCUUCGCAGAGGAGUGCCAAGUGAUGUUCGAGAGCACGCCAUACAGGAGCGCAGGAAUAUUGCGGACGAGGACAUCUCCAUGUGCUUCUUGGCCCAGGCUUGGGACACCGGAAUAGCCAUACUGAGCAAUAUCGUCACCGUGUUGCCUGACUUUUGUGAUAGAUUGAGGAGAGAACCAAGGCCAGACAGUUGGCUGCUACUCACCUUCAUCGGUGCCUUCCAUGAACGGGAUUCGAACCUGGGCGCCGCACUCGAGAGCUACCUAGUCGCUCUUUACCAGGUUGAAAACAUGAGAGCGAUGAUCCCAAACCCCGACAAUAGACGCAGAGCCUACUCGACACUGCACACUGCAGAGCUGUUCUGCGGGCUCGCUCGAACUUCACUCGCGCUGUCCCAGCGGCAUGAUGCCAGGAGUCCACGAGAGUACCGACUGCCAACAUCUUCGUGGUUGGAUCAAUCACUCAUCUUCCUUGAGCGAGGCCGAGCAAGAUCGCUACUCGAUAUACUUCAGGCGCACGACUCUGCAAGUGUGGAGAGUCUCCAAGAUUGGAUGGAAGAGUCAACCCGAAAUCGCUUGCUUGCCACCUUGAUCCACUCUCAGUGUGAACCUGGGGAUGAGCACAAUGUUACUGAGAGAGCACAACAAGUCGCACAAGAGCUCGGGAUCCCUCCAGAUACUUUCAAUCCAGUCGAAGAAGCUCUCAAAUAUAGAAACGAAACAACAGCACAGAUUUUCAAAAACACCAUGUUCGUCCCAGAUAUCCAUCGGCUUCUCAGUGCAAUUCCCCCCAGCGCGGUUGUCAUUGAAGUUGGCAUUUGUAUGAGUGGCCUGAUUGCUAUGUGCAUCUCAUCAUCCGGUAUUCAAUCUGUUCACCAGUCCAGCCUCGGAGUAUACGCACUCCGCAGACUAGUUGUUGGCUACCUUGGCAAGAUUCUAGCCUUCCAGAAGGACCCAACUGGCACUGAGGCGGCGGAGUUGAAGAAGAGCCUGAAUUAUAGAUCGGCACAGAUCUCAACCGAGUUAAUCGAACCGUUUGCAGAAUAUAUCCGUGCGAGUGACACUAUCAUAUUUGUGCCUACUUCAUAUCUAAAUGUCUUUCCUCUUGGCGCAUUGAUGCUAGACGGCGAACCUUUGGCCGUGGCAAAGCCUUUUUACCAGGUACCGAGUCUGGCGGUUCUCCAACGCAUCUCUGAAAAGGCAGCCCAGUCCCGACCGGGGACCAGGAUCUUCGCGGUAGCAGACUGUGAUGAAGACAACCCGAUAGUUUACGUGGGCCCUGAAGUGGUCUCAGUCUGUGACUCCCUUGGCGCAGAACUGAUCAACGCCGACGGCUUCAUGCAAGCUAUGAGAGAAGCUGAACUCAUGCAUAUUGCAUCCCACGGGACUGAGAAUUACUCCUCCCCCUGGGAAUCGACAAUUCUCGGCAACAGAUUUCGUGUCCUCGACAUGGCCCAAGUAGAUUGCAGUGCCUCCCUCGUGGUUUUUAGCUGCUGCCUGAGUGGUAAAGGCGAGAUCAGCUCUGGAGACGACCUCGUCGGGUUCGCACAUGCCGUACUUCAAUCUGGCGCGCAAGCGUUUCUUGGAGGUCUAUGGAAAGUCUCCGACGGAGCAACCAUGCUGCUGAUGCAUUUGUUCUAUCGGGUUCUAUCUGCACACAAGAAUGCUUCUUCACGCAUCGAACUCUCUGUGGCGGAUGCCUGGCAGCAAGCCGUUCGAGCGUUCUACCGGCUCGACAAACGAAGGGCAGGUGCGCUAGUCGACGAGUUAGAGGCACUGUGGCGAGCCACCAAGAACACAAGGGCUAGGCCGCCAGGUAAUUUCGAUGACCUGGAAUAUUGCCUGGAUGAAUUACGAGAGAAAAUAGCCGAUGGACGACUCGACUUUGCCUCUCCAUGCAACUGGGCCCCUUUCGCUCUUGUUGGAUGUGGAAGUGCUAGGAUCCGGAGCUCUGUACCAGACAAAAGAUCGGAUGGCUUGGCUGAUGGUGGCGUGGAUCUAUAA